GUAACUGAUAAAAAAGAUAAUGCUAAAGCAAAUUCUGGUGAGACAAUAUACCCAAACUUUUUUGAAAUAGACUUUAUUAUCAACGAAAAGGAAAUAGAUUAUCAUGUGACUCGCAUGUUAAUUGAAAAAGCUAAGAAAGGUCAUAAUUUGGUGACACAUGGGAAGAUUAUAUUUGAUCAAUUUCUGAUAAUAAAUGAU